AUCGCGUCAUUUUCGAAGAGUCUAUUUUGUUUGGAGGGCCAUGCUUAAAAAGAUGGUGGCUCGUCUGUUAGUGUUGCUUUUAGUUUUAAGCUUUGUUUCUCGCGUUUUCUCCGAAGAAAAGGAUAAUGUCCUUAGCAAAAAUCAAAAGGAAACAAGAGAAUCAUGGAAAGAGUAUAUUGCAAAAAUAGAAAAGGCAGUUGCAGGGUAUAAAGAUUGUCCUAAUGUGAAAAUUGGUUGUUAUAAGAAUCAAAUUGAAGCAGAUUUUAAAAUAUGGGAAGAUAAAGGUGGCAUAGAAAAAUCUGAUCUUGACAAAGCAAUAAAAAGAAAACUUGGUGAACAUUAUCAAAUAAUCAAUCAUAGAUUGUACAGACAAGAAAAUUGCAUAUUUUCUUUCAGGUGCAGUGGCAAUGAACACUUCAUCCUGAAAGUGAUUAAAAAACUACCAGAUAUGGAGUUGGUAAUAAAUUCACAUGAUUGGCCAAAGGUCCCCUACUUUGACGAAACAAUGCCAGUGUUGUCCUUUAGCAAGACACCAAAUGAGCGUGACAUUAUGUAUCCAGCAUGGACCUUCUGGGAAGGUGGGCCUGCAGUCUGGCCUAUUUAUCCAACAGGCUUAGGAAGAUGGGACAUUCAGAUUGAUAAAAUCUCUCAAGCUGCCAGAGAAUGGCCUUGGGAGAAAAAGGAAAACAAGGCAUUUUUUAGAGGCUCAAGAACAAGUAGCGAAAGAGAUCCGCUGAUUAUAUUGUCGAGAAAACACCCUGACCUUGCCGACGCACAGUAUACGAAGAACCAAGCCUGGAAAUCUGAUGCAGACACGUUAUAUGAACCCCCUGCGAAGGAGAUUCCUCUUGAAGAACACUGCAAAUACAAGUAUCUCUUCAACUUUCGUGGGGUAGCAGCUAGUUUUCGAUUCAAGCAUUUGUUUUUAUGUGAUUCGGUCGUCUUCCACGUUGGUGAUGAAUGGAAAGAGUUCUUCUACCCCGCCAUGAAGCCUUGGGUUCAUUUUAUUCCUGUAGACACAGAUCUCUCAAAUGUCAGUGAUCUGAUUGAAUUCGCACGAGCAAACGAUGACAUGGUCAGAGAAAUAGCCAAAAGGGGCAGGGAAUUCAUUCUCUCUCAUCUUCGAAUGAAAGAUAUCCAAGAAUAUUGGAAACAACUUCUUAAAAGGUAUGCAAAGUUGAUGAAAUGGAAACCGAAACGAAACAAGAAAUUAAUUGAAAUAAAAGAAAAGCUGAAGGAUGAACUGUAAAUUGUAAGUCAAGUUUUUAUUGGUAAAUGUAUUGUUUAAUCUUUACAUGGAGAAUAUAUUGCUUGAAAUUUCUACUGUAUGGUGAAUUAGAUGAAUGUGAUGUAUUCUGAU